CCGUAAUGAGCACCGAAGACAGAUAGCAAGUGGAAGAGACACGUGCGAAGUUUGUCCCUAAUGUCCUGAACCUGGCUGAUGAGCAGAUCCCAGCCAUCAGGAUGGUGUAACCUGAUCGAUGCGGUCCACAGUGGAAAACAUUUCAACCCAUUACCCAUAGUGCACUGGAUUCUCAAACCGGUAGUAUGAUCCAGGAGCUAGCUUGUUUAGCUAAUUAUUAAACCUGGUAUGGGAAUGCAAUAACGGAGAUUUCACGUAGACGAUCCGGAACUGACCGCUGCGUGUGGAGACGAUCACACAGAAUCACACGGGACCAAGUCCACGGAGGAAAUCACCUCGACUGACAGUUGACAUUGUUGCCGGGUUGUAUGCUAAAGACAUGCCUGUGCUUUAGUGCUGACGAAUCCAGCAUGGCAACUGAGGCGUCUGUCUCUUCCACUGGUCGGUCUCAGGUUGCAGGAGGAAACACUGUGCAAAGAGACUACUACUACUUUUUCCGCUCCUUUGCAGCAGGAGGUGUAGCAGGAUGUUGCGCCAAAACCACUAUUGCACCUCUGGACAGAGUGAAGAUUUUACUUCAGGCUCAUAACCCUCAUUACAAACACUUAGGAGUGCUUGCUACACUCAGGGCUGUACCAAAAAAAGAGGGUCUCCUCGGGCUGUACAAAGGAAAUGGGGCCAUGAUGGUCAGGAUCUUUCCAUAUGGAGCCAUUCAGUUUAUGGCCUUUGACACCUAUAAAAAGUUCCUUAGUACCCGACUUGGUAUAUCUGGGCAUGUUCAUCGGCUAAUGGCUGGGUCUAUGGCAGGGAUGACUGCGGUUAUUUGUACGUAUCCCCUUGAUGUUAUUCGCGCUCGCCUGGCAUUUCAGGUGACCGGAGAGCAUCGCUACACUGGCAUAGGAAAUGCCUUUCAGACCAUUUACCUAAAGGAGGGGGGCAUCGCUGGAUUCUACCGUGGUUUAAUUCCAACCAUCAUUGGCAUGGCUCCUUAUGCAGGAUUUUCUUUUUUCACUUUUGGAACACUCAAGAGUCUGGGACUGGCUCAUUUCCCAGGGAUCCUGGGAAAGCCAUCUCUGGACAACCCUGAUGUCCUGGUUCUGAAGACGCACGUUAACCUGCUUUGCGGAGGAGUAGCGGGGGCCAUCGCUCAAACCAUAUCAUAUCCCCUGGAUGUGGCCAGGAGGAGAAUGCAGCUGGGAACAGCACUCCCUGAUGCCGACAAAUGUCUCUCCCUUACAAAGACACUUAAGCAUGUGUAUAAUCAAUACGGGAUUAAAAACGGACUGUACCGCGGCCUGUCUCUCAACUACAUCCGCUGUGUACCAUCACAAGCCGUCGCCUUCACCACUUACGAGUUUAUGAAGCAAGUCCUGCACUUGAACUAGAGCAGGUAUCCUCACUUCCACACCGUGAACAAAAUUGCCACACAGCUUCUGGGAGUGUCGCGGGAGCACUGCUCGCCAUUUUCACAUGUGGAUCAGGGGAACACUAUUUUACACUGAUCACCAGAAAUGAUCUGGUAAUCUCACAGUGGUUGCACCGAACAAUCCGCCUUAACCAUGAUUUUUUUAUGUAUUAUUUUGUGAGUAAAACUAGUGAAGUCAGACAUAUCUUUCUCCCCACUGUUCUGUACAUUAGUACUGAAUGUAUGUCAGGAAUUAAAAGCUCUAAUAUCACAUGAAAGGGAAGUUUGAUUGUCCUGUCGAUAUAGAGUUAGUAUUUUUCACUAGGAUACAGUAGUCCUCGAUGCCCACCAUAUGGUUCAGCGUCAUCAUCCUGUUCAGGUUUUUCUUCUUUUCUUCCACUUGAUGGCAGUCUUAAGCUGAAGCACCAGUUUAACAGCAAAUUAUCUGUACGCCUAUCAGUUAUCUUUUUUUUUUCUUUAUCCUAGUACAAUUUGAAAUUGUGUUUUUAUUGAAGAUUUGUUUUAAACAUGCCUUUACCUACAGGUGCUGCUCUAAAUGAUGAAAAGAAAAAUGAAAGAGACUGUUAAUCUUGGUUAAGAUGAAUGUUUGACUAGGUUGCACAGUUUGUAUUUAUGGAAUAAAUUAAACAUCCAUUGUUAAUAUGUUUUAUAUUUGUAAUUUGUUUCAUGUCGUCAUGAAAUCUUUCACAUUACAUCUCAGAAGAAAUGUUUGUCUUGUAAAUGUUUCACUUGUCUUGGAAAAGUUUAGCAUUAUUAUUUAUAUGAUGGUAAAAGAAUUUGCCCUUGUAGAAUUAAAAGACAAAAUAAAAAAAAUAUAUAUUAAAUUUACAUCAGAAAUAUAGUAAUUCAUACAAAACUACUGAUCAGUUAAAAAUGUAACUUUAAUUUUUGUUUAUGCAUUGAUUAUAUUAAAUCUAUAUUUCUAUUUCUGAAAACUUCA